AUGUCCGAAGCUAUCCACUCGCAGUACGACUCGAUCCUCAUCCUCGACUUCGGUUCGCAAUACUCCCAUCUCAUCACUCGACGAUGCCGUGAACUCAACGUCUACUGCGAGAUGCUUCCCUGCACUCAAAAGGUCAAGGAUCUCGACUGGAAGCCCAAGGGUAUCAUUCUUUCCGGUUCCCCUUACUCAGUUUACGACGAGGUUGCUCCUCGUGUGGACCCCGAUGUUUUCACUGCCGGUGUUCCCAUUCUUGGUAUCUGUUAUGGUCUGCAAGAGAUCGCGUGGAACCACGGAGGCAAAGUCGACCCUCAUGACAAACGCGAGUACGGUCAUGCCGAGGUCGAGAUCGUCAAGACUGGCAACACCCGCAUUGACGCGUUGUUCAGCAACUGGCAAGGCGGCAUCACUGUCUGGAUGUCGCACGGUGACCAGCUUUGCAAGGCGCCCGAAGAUUUCGUUGUCAUUGGCAAGACCCCUUCCGCUCCGUUUGCAGCUAUCGCUCACAAGACCAAACCCAUCUACGGUGUUCAGUUCCACCCCGAGGUCACCCACUCCGUUCGUGGUGUAGAGGUGUUUGACAACUUUGUCGACAUUUGCGGCUGCCGUCGAAACUGGACUAUGGAGACGUUCAUCGAUAAGGAAAUCAAGCGCAUUCGCGAGAUCGUGGGUCCUAAGGGUCGGGUUCUCGGUGCUAUCUCUGGUGGUGUCGACUCUUCCGUUGCUGCCAAGCUGAUGCACGAGGCUAUUGGUGAUCGAUUCCACGCUGUGAUGGUCGACAACGGUGUUCUGCGUACCAACGAAGCUGCUCAGGUGUACGAGAUGUUGAGCAAGGAUCUCGGUGUCAACCUCACCGUUGUUGAUGCUUCCGAACAGUUCCUCAGCAAGCUUAAAGAUGUUCAAGACCCCGAGCAGAAGCGCAAGAUUAUUGGCAACACUUUCAUUCACGUUUUUGAGGCUGAAGUUGCCAAGCUCGAAAAGCAGGCGGAGGACGAGGAAGCUGCCGCUCUCGCUGCUGGUAAGCCCCAGGAAGCCAAGGGCAAGUUCGAGUACCUCCUUCAAGGAACUCUUUACCCCGACGUUAUCGAGAGUAUCUCGUUCAAAGGGCCCUCCGCUACCAUCAAGACCCACCACAACGUCGGUGGUUUGUUGGAGGAUAUGAAGUUGAAGCUCAUCGAGCCUUUGCGCGAGCUGUUCAAGGACGAGGUUCGUGCAUUGGGUCGUCUGCUCGGCAUUCCAGCUCACCUUGUCGGUCGACACCCUUUCCCUGGUCCUGGUCUCGCUAUUCGCAUUUUGGGCCCGGUUACCAGGGAACAGGUUAAGAUCUUGCAGCAGGCCGAUAGCAUCUACAUCGAGGAGAUUAGGGCUGCUGGAUUGUACGAUAAGAUCUCACAGGCUUUCGCUGUUUUGUUGCCGGUGCGUGCAGUCGGUGUACAGGGUGACAAGAGGACAUACGACCAGGUUAUCGCACUGAGAGCAGCGGCGACAACGGAUUUCAUGACUGCUACAUGGUACCCCUUCCCCGCCGAGUUCUUGUCAAAGGUCUCGAACAGGAUCACUAAUGAGGUCGCUGGUGUUAACCGUGUUGUGCUUGACAUUUCGAGCAAGCCUCCUGCGACGAUCGAGUGGUUGUAG